AUGCCGAUACUCAAAGUCCUACUGAAUGAUAUAGAAGCUGAGUUGGAAAUUGUAAAAAGGAAGCAGAGGACUGAAGUGGAGGAUGUGGAUCUGUGGAGGGGGAAAGCGGGUCACAAACCGAGAUUCUCUACCACAGAAACAUGGAUGCAGAUACGAGAAACAGGGGUUAAAUAUACUUGGGGAGGAAGUAUCUGGUUCUCUCAAGCCACCCCAAAGUUUGCAUUUAUAACUUGGAUUGCUGCUAGAGGUAGAUUGGCAACAAUGGAUCGGAUAUCUCGCUGGAACCCAGGAGUUGACUCUACAUGUGUUCUCUGCAAAGUGUUUCAGGAGACUACAAAUCACCUCUUCUUUGAGUGUGUUUACUCUUCUGGAAUUUGGGAGAAGCUGGUUAAAGGAAUUCUUGGUAAUGCUUAUGCUUACAAGUGGGAUGAAGUUACUGAGCUGAUCUCUGUCUCGUCAAGGGGGAAAAUGAAGCGCUUCUGUCUGAGGUAUGCUUUUCAAAUUACGGUCUAUAUGCUGUGGAGAGAAAGAAACAAGAGACGUCAUGGGGAAAGUCCUAUGCCUCAGCAUGUUCUGGUUAAGAUGAUUGAUAAGGCGAUCCGCAAUAAACUGAGUCUGGUCCAAAUGAAGGGAAUCAAAGGCAUGAACUUCAGUCUCCAGUACUGGUUUGAAACAAGAGAGUAA